AUGGCAGAAUUCACUCACGAGAGUACGAAAGAGCAAGAAGAGGAAGUUUUGCAGGAAGAAGUAUUGGAUUUUGCACCAGCAGCAUUGGAUGACUCCCUGCCAGAAGUGGAGGAUCCUCUACAAGAAAUAAACUUAGGGACAAAAGAAGAUCCAAGACCUACUUUCAUCAGCACACUCUUAGAAGAACCACUCAAGUCUGAACUCAUGGCACUUUUGCAGGAGUUCAGAGAUUGUUUUGCUUGGCACUAUCACGAGAUGCCAGGACUGGACAGACAGCUAGUAGAACACAAACUGCCAAUCAAAGAUGGCUACCUUCCAGUUAAACAGGCUAGGAGAAGAAUGUCCAUGGACACGGAACUGAAGGUCAAGGAAGAAAUAGAAAGGCUGCUCAAGGCAGGAUUCAUCAGACCAGCCAUCUAUGCCGAUUGGCUAGCAAAUAUUGUACCUGUCCUCAAAAGAAAAACAGGGGCAGUUAGAAUAUGUGUGGAUUACAGAAAUCUGAACGAAGCAUCUCCCAAAGACGAAUAUCCUAUGCCAAUGGCAGACAUGCUAAUAGACGGAGCCGCUCAUAACCAGAUGCUAUCUUUCAUGGAUGGCAACGCAGGUUAUAACCAGAUCAUGAUGGCAGAACAAGACAUCCACAAGACAGCCUUCAUGUGUCCAGGGCAUAUAGGUGCUUUUGAAUAUACUAUAAUGCCUUUCGGUUUAAGGAACGCAGGUGCUACCUAUCAAAGGGCAAUGAAUUCCAUCUUUCAUGAUAUGAUAGGACAUUCUUUGGAAGUAUACAUAGAUGAUGUAGUGAUUAAGUCCCCCGAGGAAGGAAACCACAUAUCAAGUCUAAGGAAGGCAUUUCUAAGAAUGAGGCAGCACAAGCUAAAAAUGAACCCCAAAAAAUGUGUUUUUGGAGUUCAGGCAGGAAAUUUCUUAGGAUUCUUGGUUCACCAGAGAGGCAUAGAGAUUGACAAAAAUAAAGCAAAGUCCAUCAUGGAAGCCCUACCACCUCGGAACAAAAAGGAACUUCAGAGUCUCCUAGGAAAAAUCAAUUUUCUAAGGAGAUUCAUAUCUAAUUCCGCAGGAAAGAUUCAGCCUUUUUCUUCCCUGUUAAGACUAAAACAGGAACAAACAUUCAAAUGGGAAGAACAGCACCAGCAGGCUUUCCAGGAGAUAAAAGACUACCUCUCAAAUCCACCAGUUCUGUCCCCACCAAAGAGAGGCAGACCACUCAAACUCUAUGUGUCUGCAUCAGAGGUGUCCAUUGGAAGCUUGUUAGUCCAAGACAACAAGGAAGGAAAGGAGCAGGCAGUUUACUAUCUAAGCAGAACACUGACAGAAGUGGAGAGAAGAUAUAUGUUGACAAGACCAAUGCUGAGAGGCAGAAUUGGGAAAUGGACUUUGGCUUUGACAGAAUUCACCCUUAGGUAUGUCCCCCAGAAAGCUGUCAAGGGGCAAGCUGUGGCAGACUUCCUAGCAGAUCACCCAGGAGAGGAAAUUGAAAACAUGGACUCUUUGGACAUAGCAAAUGCAAAUCUACUAACCAGGGCUCAUGUUUGCCUUAACAAUCCAAUCUAUUCGAUUCAUCUUACACCUUGGAAACUAUAUUUUGAUGGAUCAAAGACAGAUAAGGCUUCAGGAGCCGGGGGUGUUCUGGAAGAACCAUUGGGGAUCAGACAUUGCUAUUCCUUCCAGUUAGAUUUCCAAUGCACCAACAACAGGGCUGAGUACGAAGCUUUGAUUAUAGGGCUUGAGAUGUUGGUAGAAUUAGGAAUCCAGUCCGUGGAGAUCUUGGGAGAUUCAAUGCUUGUCUUAAAACAAAUUGCUGGAGAAUACAAGUGUCUAAAUCCUUCCUUGGCUGUAUAUCUAGUAGCAGCUAGAAAUCUGUUGACAGAAUUCAGAGAAGCUACUUGGGAACACAUCCCAAGGGAAGAGAACUUUGCAGCCAAUGAACUGGCUCAGGUAGCAUCAGGCAUACAAAUGCCCGAAGACUGCGUCCAAAGGAUCAUCAAGAUAGGAAGAAAGAGUCUACCGUCAGUUCUGACCAGAGGAAUGGAGAUAGAGGUCAAUUCUGCCUUGAUCACUAAAGACGAUUGGAGGGAGCCUAUCAUGACUUACUUGCAGUAUCCCACUCUGCCCUCUGAGAGAAGAGUGAGAAUCAUGGCUACAAACUACCUCAUGUGGAAUGAAGAUUUGGUCCGAAAAAGUAAGGAUGAGGUGCUAUUAAGGUGCCUUGGAAAGACAGAAUAUAUGAAAGUCAUGGGAGAAACCCAUGAGGGGGUCUGUGGAGCUCACCAAGGAGGAAGAAAGAUGUGCUGGUUAAUUAGAAGGUAUGGCUACUUCUGGCCAACCAUGUUGAAGGAUUGCAUCAACUAUUCCAAGGGAUGGGAUGGGCAAUGGAUCUCAUUGGCAAAAUCUAUCCAGCCAGCAGCCAGCAGCCAGCAGCAUUGUUUUAUCAUUGUUGCUACAGACUAUUUCACCAAAUGGGUAGAGGCCAAGCCAAUCAAAACCACAACUUCUCAAGAGAUCAUCACCUUCAUAGAAGAACAGAUCAUACAAAGAUUCGGCAUUCCAGAAUCAAUCACAACCGAUAGGGGUUCUUCUUUCAUAUCUAGGGAUAUGCUAGAUAUGGCAGAAGCAUUCAAAUUCAAACUGCUUCAGUCUCCCCCCUAUUAUGCUCAAGCUAAUGGACAGGCAGAAUCAAGUAACAAGGUGAUUAUCAAUAUCAUCAGAAAGAUGCUGGAGAAGAAUCCAAAGCAAUGGCAUGAAAAGUUGUCAGAGACUCUGUGGGCAUACAGAACUUCAAAAAGAGAAGCAACUGGCAUGACUCCCUAUGCUCUAACCUACGGCCAUGAUGCAAUUCUGCCUAUGGAGAUAGCAGUCCAAUCUCUUAGAAUUGCUCACCAGCACCAUCUCACAGGAGAAGACUACUCUCAAGCCAUGUUACUUGAAUUAGAAGAAUUGGAUGCAAGUAGGAUUGACACCCUCAACAAACUCUUAGCAGGAAAACAGGCUGUGUCAAGGGCAUACAACAAAAGGGUCAGAGAUAAGAGUUUUGAAGAGGGAGAGAUAGUCUGGAAGGCAAUUCUGCCUCUUGGAGCACACGUAGCUGGAUAUGGAAAAUGGUCACCUACAUGGGAAGGUCCUUUUGUGAUUAACCAGAUCCUCGGAAUGGGGGCAUAUAGGUUGCAGGACAGAGAUGGAGUUAUUCACAAUGCCCCAAUCAAUGGCAAAUGGUUAAAGAAAUUCUACCCAACCAUGUGGGAUUCACAAGCUGUACAGACAGACCCCGGGAUAGAAAAAGAACAAGGCUGA